AUGGAUGUUCCUCUUCUUUCUUAUGAAAAGCCUCCUAAACCCCUCAUUCUGUUGCACGAGAGCCUAUUGAAACCUUUGGGAGAAAAUGAUAGAUUUGAUGCCUUAAAGAGUCUUGAGAGUUUUUGGGCAAUUGCCAUUAUUGCGGUGAUGAAACGGAGUGGUGUCAAGCACAGUUGUGGUAGCUAA